CAUCAGUAUUUAAUUAUUGUGUUUUGUUGGUACAUUUUAAACUCAAGUAUGGAACGGUCGAUCACUGCUGAUAACAAACCGAGCCUACAAGUCAGUAUUCAGGGACACAUUACCCAGAGAGCCUGCCACUGUAAGAGUAUCAGAAACAUGGCGGAAAGCGAGUUGAACGUUGACAGCCUCAUCUCUCGACUACUGGAAGUGCGAGGUUGUCGUCCUGGGAAGGUCGUACAGAUGACGGAGGCCGAGGUGCGGGGGCUCUGCAUCAAGUCCAGAGAGAUUUUCCUCAGUCAGCCAAUCCUGCUAGAACUGGAGGCUCCACUCAAAAUCUGUGGUGAUAUCCAUGGACAGUACACAGAUUUGCUGAGGCUAUUUGAGUAUGGAGGUUUUCCUCCAGAGGCCAACUAUCUGUUCCUGGGAGAUUACGUGGACAGAGGGAAGCAGUCGCUCGAGACAAUCUGCCUUCUGCUCGCCUACAAGAUCAAAUACCCAGAAAACUUCUUCUUACUCAGGGGGAACCAUGAGUGUGCCUCCAUCAAUCGCAUCUACGGCUUCUAUGAUGAGUGCAAGCGCAGGUUCAACAUAAAGCUCUGGAAGACCUUUACAGACUGUUUUAAUUGUCUGCCCAUUGCUGCGAUCAUUGAUGAAAAGAUUUUCUGCUGCCAUGGAGGGCUCUCACCUGAUCUACAGUCCAUGGAACAAAUUCGACGCAUUAUGAGGCCCACUGAUGUCCCAGAUACAGGCUUGCUGUGUGACCUGCUGUGGUCAGACCCAGACAAGGACGUCCAGGGCUGGGGGGAGAACGAUCGGGGAGUUUCCUUCACCUUUGGGGCCGAUGUGGUCAGCAAGUUUCUCAACCGACACGACCUGGACCUCAUCUGCAGAGCACAUCAGGUUGUUGAAGACGGCUAUGAGUUCUUUGCCAAGCGACAGCUGGUGACGCUGUUCUCUGCCCCCAACUACUGCGGGGAGUUUGACAACGCAGGCGGCAUGAUGAGUGUGGACGAGUCCCUUAUGUGCUCCUUUCAGAUCCUAAAGCCGUCAGAAAAAAAAGCUAAAUACCAGUACGGAGGGGUGACUUCAGGGCGCCCUGUCACCCCGCCUCGCACCACUCAGGCACCGAAAAAGAGGUGAGCAGCUGGCCCUGACUCCCCUGUUCCUCCCCCGGCUGGUGUCUGGCUCCCCUCCCUGCAGGCUGCCUCAAACACUCCAGCUUCUCUCAGUCAGCUUGUUCAUGUGUAAACAAAAACUCCACGAGUGUUUUUUUUUUUCAUGUUCUGUGGGUAUUUUUAUGAACAUCUGAGUGGUAUUUUUUCGAUUUCUUUUUUUGAUGCCAUGGUAUUAACUCAGCCCUCACUUCUUCUACUCACUCCAUUCAGCAAUAUUUAGACCAAACUCUUGUGGAAUAGCAGAAAAGAUGCUUCUCUCCCUUCACAUAAACAAUUUCUAUAGUAAUGUUGUGAAUGCAUGCACGCUUGUCAGAUUAAGAUGGGUUAUUUGCCCUAACAGAUGUAAAAUCCAUAGAUUCUCAUCUCACCUUAAUUUGUCUAAUGUUCAUGUAAUUAACUAAAUUACUGCCAUACAUUGGCUAUAGUAGUACAUGGCUUAAAGGAAUAGCAUGACAUUUUGGAAAAUAUGCUUAUUUGCUUUCUUGCAAAGAGUUAAAUACGCAGGUCGACACUGUCUAUCAUAUAGUAAACUACCACCAUCAACUGGCUAACUUAGCUUAGCACAAAGAAUGGAAACGCUGGAAACAGUUAGCCUUGCUCCGUUAAACAAUCAAAGAUAUAACAUGGUAAUGAGUGAAUAGAUCUUCCCAUCUAACUCUUGGCAAGUAAGCAACUGAGUGUAUAUCCCAAAAUAUCAAAUUGUUCCUUUAAGAAUUGCAAGUUAGACAUUGCUAAGCUACCCUAUGACUUAAGAAUGUUUUUCUCCCCAAAGAGCCGUCAAUAAAAUCUUAAGAUUUUGAGGACAUAAGUGCAGGAAAUAAUGCUAAAAUCUUGCCAUAUCCUUUUAAAAAAGGACACAGUCAAUCUAUGCUGUACCUUUACUAGGACAUUCAUGUACAGUAGAUGCUCUACAUUAGAUCAGCAUUCCAAGCUCAAACUUUUGAAUCCCUCACAUCACUAAAGUACCAUUUGUGUUGGUAAAAAAAGCAGCAUUUCCAUUGUUGAUAUAAACAAAUGGGAAAACAGAGUAAACUGUUUCAUUUUCAAUUCUGAUGUGAAUUCUUGUAUGUGAAAAAUGUGGGAAACAAACCACCAGUGAGCACUUUGAGUAUGUCCCUUAGUCUGGUGAGCACAGUAGGUGUGUAGAAAAGUAGAGAUGCCAGUGCAAGAGAAGGUAAAUGAAAGAAAUAUGAAGACCCCAGAAACUGAUGUACAGUAUGGAGUUACUUUUCCAGUAUAUUCAUCUUCACAGUUGUAGACUUCUCACACACUAAACAUUGUUGCACUUCCAGUCAUCGCAUGACAUUGUAAAGAGGUCCAAGUCAUCAAGGCAAGACGAUGGCAUUUUGUUUGUUGUUGGCUAGUGUUUCCGCUAACUAGUUAUUGAAUGAAGUGAAUCAUUUCCAACUCCUUAAUAAACAUUUGACCAAUGUGUUAUUUAUUUAAAUCUUGCCUUUUGCCUUGUAAAUCUAUUGGUCUUCAAGUUGGAAACAACAUGUAAGAUGUUUUGAGAUUUGUUUGUUUGAAAAGAGUGAAAUAAAUGGAAGUGCUCUUAAACAUG